CUGCUAUUAAUAUUAUAUGUUCCUAUCGCUGCAGAGGUACCAUAUGUAUAAACGUUUCGUCUCGUUAUGACAACUCUGCUUAGCUGUGAGGCUAUCGCAACCAUCGCUUGCCUAGCGUGACAUAGUGAAGAUGGAAACUAGGACGGACGGUGCUGCAUCAUGUCGGACAAUAACAGUCACACAGCACUGUCCUCCGGCCAUGCGGAAGCGUGAUGUUUGGCGGGUUGACCAUUUCCAUCUGCUGCGUAAAGUUGGGAGUGGAUAUGCAAGUACAGUUUACCUGGGCACUUGCCGCACGACGGGAAACCAAGUCGCUGUAAAGUUGUAUCACAAGAACAAGCUCUCAGAACUAAACCAGUUCCAGGUUGCUCGUGAGAUUACUAUACAUAGUGGAUUGGAUCACAAGCACAUCAUCCAACUGUGGGCGGCGUUCGAGGACCAGUACGGUAUCUACCUGGUCUUUGAGUAUGCAAGCAAGGGCGAUGUCUUCACAGAAGUGGAGAGGAGAGGGGGGCAGCUCAACGAGGCGGAAUCUGUGCGGCAGGUGAUCUUCCCAUUCCUCAGUGCGCUGGACUACCUGCAUAGCAACUACAUAAUCCACCGGGACAUCAAGCCGGAGAAUCUGCUCUUCACGGCGACGGGCGUGCUCAAAGUCGGGGAUUUUGGGCUGUCGAUCAACUUCAGCCAAGAGCGUCCGGUGACGCGCGUGGGGACCCUGGACUACAUGGCACCGGAGGUGGUGGUGUGCCCAGACAAGCACCGCCCGCAGGACCACAAGGAGCUGAAGCACCUGCACUACACGCCGCUAGUGGACGCAUGGGCGGUCGGCGUGCUAGCAUACGAGCUGAUCAUGGGCCGGCCCCCGUUCGACAAGGGUCAGAAGAAAGCAACCAUUAACGAGAUCCUGAAUGGGGAGCCCUUCAUUCCGCCGUGGCUGUCGGAGGGCGCAGCGCACUUCAUUAGGUGGGCGCUAACUAAGGAGCAGGGCAAGCGGCCCUCCGUGCGGCAGCUGUCGGAGCACCCGUGGAUCGUCGGCCACAUGAAGCACAGCGUGCUGAACUCGGCGCGCCGACAACUGGUCAAGACAGACUCGUUUGUGGAGCCGCGGCAGCUGGGCUUCCGAGGCAGCACCACACCCGCGGACAGCCCCAUGGCCAGUAGCAACAGCAAGGAGCCGCCGCGGCCACUGCAGGUCACAUCCGUAAUUCAGAACGGCCGCACACUAGGCCACUCGAACUCCAUGUCUGCCGUGGACGGCAUGCGCUACCGUGACGUCAACCUAGAUAGCGUCACGGGAGGCAUGGCGAAUACGGCGGAGGCAGCUCUGAAAGCCGUAAAGCGACUUUCCGACGGCGAUGGCACCACUGGCGGGCGCCCAAGCGCUGCCGGUGGUCGCGUUAGCCGUGCAGGGGCAGCGCGCAGCAGCGGCGCUGGUGGGUUGCACCGAAACAACAGCAUUGGCCCAGCAGCAGUGGUAGUGGCAGCGGCGGCAGUUGGCGCUGAGGACAGCCCGAAGUCCGGCCGGCUUACGCCACGAGAGGAGCUGCCUGCAAGCCCAGGGAGCAACCGCAACAUGAACCUCGUGCGCUCCUUCACGGCCGGCCGGUCGAGUCCGAAUCUUCAGCACUCGUCCGUUGCUCAACCGGUCAUGCGCAUGAGUGGGGGCGGUGUCAGCGCCGGUGGCGUGGCGGGCUCCGUUUCACGGUCACACUCCAUGUCGCCGGGGUCGCUGCUGGCUCGCGGCAGCGUGCACGAUCAGCAUCACAGCCAUCCAGAUGUCACAA